AUGAAUUAUCUUUGUAUCAAUAAAAUAUAAAAAUAAAAAUCAGAUCAACAAUGAUCACACAUACAUAGUAAUAAUUCACUAAAAGCUUAAAAUUGUUUCGAUUCCAAAAAAUGGGAAAGUUGCCAUAUCUCUACACUGAAUCAGAAGAAACAGAGGACACAUCAAGUUCAGUUGAAAAUAUAAAGAAGAAGAAAAAAUUAUCCAUCCUCAAAUACACGGGCGGCAACCUGCGCAAGAAGAAAUGCAAGGUCCACAGCAAGUCGGAUCCCGACGACAGCGAGCUGCGCAGCCGCAGCCGCAGCAGCCAGCGCAUUGGGCAGAAGCUGCGCGGGAUCUUGAAGCAUACGGAACAUGAGUCAACAGCAUCAGAUGAUGAUGAAGAGAGUGAAUCAAGCCGAAUCCUUCAUUCCAAGGACCGCUGCUUCGUCGGGCGUGUGCCUCGACCCGCGGGCUCGAAGCCUGGCAGGGGCGGAGGAGUGGCUAUCGUUGUUAGGAAGAAUGUUAGUAGCUUACAACCUCAACAGUCGACGAGUAGUACAAAAAGAAAGAAGACGAAGCGCCUACUGAGAAAGCAAUCUUAUUGAAAUUACUGUUUCAUUGUCAGCUUUGUUGUUUCCAUUAAAGAUUGAAUACAGAUA